AUGCCGUUUUCCUCAAACCCUAUUAAUCCGUCACCGCUUCAGUCAAGGUUGAAGCGACAUCCUGCCUUGUUCGGUGUCCCGUUUCUUCUCAUUAUAGUUGGUGCAUCGUUCGGACUUCAGACUUUCACGCAAACCCGAUAUGACCUACAGGACCAGAAAGUCAAGCAGAUCAGCAAUGAGCAAGCUCUAGGCCUCGAUCGCAACAAGAAAAAGUUUGAUAUUAGGGAGGAAUACUAUAAACUAAGCGCUGCUGGAGAUCAAGACUGGGAACCCAAAAGGAUUGCAAGACCCAACGACUUCCCUGAUUUGGGUGUUCCGCCCACUGAACCUCCAGCCAAGUCUUGA